AUGAUGAACACCUCUCCAUGUUCAUCCCAUUAUUCGAACGCGUCACAUGGUCCAACCAUUCUUCAUCGAGUGAUUAACCCCUCAAUGACGGUCAUGAAUCAUCAUCAUUGUCAUUUUACUUCGAAUGGUGUUGAUAGAAAUGGCCAAUAUUGGCCCAUGAAUAACGUCUGCUCGUCCUCACACACGUUGAACAGUAGAACUCAUUGUAAUUAUAGAAUGCCUGAAGACGUUUCUCCAGUGCAUGCUCCAUCCAAAGAAACCAUGUUUGUCUCAUCUUCAGUACCAUGUCAACAUGUCAUUCCAUCAGGUGAGCACUCUGUUUUUCCAUUGAUAUAUACACAUGAAUCAAGUUCAAGAGUACGUUGUGAUUCUUUGACAUGUCCAACCACAGAAGUGAACACCCAACAUGCCCUGACCAGUAACACCUCAGUAGAUAACAAGAUGUACAUUACAGAAUUUGUUCCUAACAAUAGUCAUGUAAAUAGUAUUCCAGUACCAGUCGAAGAAACAACCUCGACAAGGAAUUCCAAAAUGAAGAACCGCAUUGAGAAAAACAAAACUCGCUGUUUUAAUUGUAACACUGAGAAAUCUCCACUAUGGAGAAAGCAUCCAGAGCAUGGAAAGAAACUGUGUAACAAGUGUGGACUCUAUUUGCUGCGUUAUCAGAAGGAUCGACCCAUGCAUGAAGAACACUUGAAAGCAGGUCGCAGAAAGAAGAUCAAAAAGGAAAAUAUGGAGAAUAGAGCCACUGAAGAAGGCCAAAGAGAACCAAAGGAUAUUGCAAGCAACACAAUGGAUGACAACCACAAGAAUAAGCGAACCAAAGAUCAGACAGACGAGAAUGAAUCGACGUUGAGCAAGAAAGUGAAAACAUCGUCAUGUAGUAGUGAAGCUGAAACGCACUCCAAUUCAGAUCCACUUUGGAUGCAUCCUCCAGUUCGUCGUCAUCAACGAUGA